CAUAAAAAAUCCUUCGGGUUUGUAUUGGAAUGCUUUCGGAGAUGGCUUCGAUUCCGCAGAUAAUCAUCUGCAACUUCUCCAUGUUCAAUGGUUUCUGUAAGGAACCCAGUUACAAAUUCCACGCGAAGUUAGACUAUUUCCGUCCUACUCUGCUCCAUAGCAAGUCCAGGUGGGGAGCUUCCUUGAUGGAGCGGAGACGAGGAUUGGUGGGUCAUGGAGAAAUAGGUUUUCUGGUGAGCGAAAGAGGAGGAAAUUUUAAGAAACGGAUAAUUACAGCGAGGUUUAACCGGGGUUUAGGGUUUAACGGCGGCGGCGGCGGCGGCGGUGGGGAUAACAGCGGCAAUGCAAGGGUAUUGGGAAAUCUUGCUCUGGCUGUCGGAUUGACGUAUCUUACCAUGAGCGGCCAACUUGGUUGGGUUCUUGAUGCUAUUGUCUCCGUCUGGCUCAUUGUGGUGCUCGUGCCUAUUGUGGGAUUGGGCGCUUUGCUAUGGUGGGCAGGACGAGAUAUUGUCCAGAGCAGUUGCCCGAAUUGCGGAAACGAGUUUCAGAUUUUCAAGUCAACAUUGGAUGAUGAGGUACAACUUUGCCCCUUCUGCACCCAGCCAUUCUCAGUGGUGGGCAACAAGUUUGUGAAGGAACCAGUAAAAUUCUCUAACCAGACCACAAGAUUCGGACAAGACCUAAACGGGUUCUCUUCAACAUCCAAGAAAGGGAAGGGGUAUUCCACAGCAGUUGUAGAUGUGGAAGCUGAAGUAAAAGACGCAGAGUGAAAAGAAACACAUCAGAUGUGUAAUGCAAAGAAGAUUUUGAUUCAACUGAUGGUAGGAGAAAGGACCAUUAUGCAGAGCAUGAUGUGUGUGUGUGUGUAUAUAUAUACAGAUGUGUAUUUUUUUUCUGUAUACAUUCGCAAGUAAAUGCAUAAUGUAAAAGACAAAGAAAACACCUUUUAUUUAUAAAACCAGGUUUCACCAA